GAGCGGCCGGAAGAGCAGACCGACGUUAACAGCAAGAGCAGGUGGGCCGGCCUCAGCCCUCCUCCCCUGCCCCCAAGGCCAGCUGUGCCAUCAGCCUAAGCCUCCUGCCCUGGGAACAUGGUCCAGUGCCGCGCGAAGAGCCCGAGCGGACGUCCCCAGCGGGGGCGGAAGCAGGGCCAGCAGCUCGAUGAGCAGGAGCAGGAGCAGGCAGUGAACCCAGAGGACGUCCAGGGGGACUGGAGGGUCUCCAAAGAGCGCUACUACCGACACCGGCGCUGCCUCCGCAGGAGGCGGUACAGGGUCCACAGGAGGCAGAGGAGCUCCUGCAGGAGGCGGCGCCGCACACGCGCCUGCAGGGGCCAACGCGGAGGCUACAGAAUGGCCAGGAGGAGGAGAUGCAAGAGCCAACACUGAACCUUCCCGGGCCCGUCACACCCCCGGACGGAAAUUAAGGAAAAGGCGCCCACCAGAGAACCACCUCGCAAGACCAAAGCAAUCCCCCCGACGCUGGGUGCCCACCCCCGAGUCGGCAGGGAGCCCACGACCUCUUGACUACAAUGUGCACCAGUCAUCUGCCAAAUAAAGCUUGAGAUAAUAAA